AUGUUAUCUUCGUGCGAAAAACUUAUUACUCGUCCCGUCGAUAGACGCCCCUUAAAAGUCGCGUCUGGCUCCAUUCACGGUUGGCUAAGAUCGCUGAAGGGUUCAUCACUAUCAGAGACUGGUGGGUUAGAAUGUCCAUUAUUCACGUCUCCUGAUCCUCGUUCCAAAUAUUGGAGAUGGUCCUUGAGCAAUUCUCGUAAUGCGUCAUUCUUCCGGCUCACCAUGAACAGAUCAUCAGGGAUUAUAGUCUUUCUUUUAGCGUGUUUGGCAAACAAUUCCAGAUCCUCGCCAACAUCCGCCAAUUGUCGGUACACAAGCUCAACCAAAGCAGCGGUGAAUCGUGGCGUGGCUGUUAUAUCAGUUCCAGAAUCUUUAGAUAAUUUGUCUGUUUCUUGUUCAACCAUCUUGGAUACACUGUACCAAAUGUUGGCUUUCAAGUGCUGUGUCGAACCAGCUUUUAAUGGGCUGGACUUGUCUGGUUUCACAACCUUAACUGAUAUCGGUCUCGGCGAGUUAUGGUCAACGGUCACAUUUGUUGCGGGAACAGUCACUGUGGAUGAGCUGUUUUUCCGCAAUGUGGCCGGGCCCAUGGCCUCCCAAUCUUCCUCGUCUGUGAAAUUAUCCAGAUCAUUGCGCUCCGGAUCCUGCAGAUUCUCCGUCGAAGAGACAGUAUUGAUCGUCACAUUGCUUACUUGGUCGUGCAUCAUGAUGGGCCCACUUGAGGGCGAAAUAUUAGUCCGCAAAAAUGAUUGUCGAGUGACACUUGAGGAGUUGGAAAACGAGACUCUUGGUCUUCUUUUUGGAAGCAAUCCGUCUGGCAUCGAUGCCGAAUCAAGGUUGCUAUUCUCAUCAAAUACGGCCUCGAUUGACUGGCUAUUGAAUGACGAGCGCGGCUUUCUUGGCUUUGCGAUUCCUGCAAAGGAAGGCCGGCGGUUUGUUGACGAAAAUGAACCGUUUCGCAACGCAUGCUUUGUUUUCUGA